AUGCAAAAUUUUCAGAUUUUCCCUCUAGCUUAUGCUAUUGUGGACAGCGAAGAUGAAGAAUCAUGGACUUGGUUCUUGAUGAAGUUGGAGAGGAUAUUAGGUGAUUCUCCGAGGCUUGCGAUCAUAUUUGACCGUGCAGCAUGCAUUGCAACAGCUGUGAAACGUGUGUACCCUUCUGCUAAUCACGGUUACCGCAUUGUUCAUUUGGCAAGAAACGUCAACUCUCGUUACUCAAGCAAAAACUUGGCUAAAAUGGUAAAAUCAACUGCAAUGGCUUUCCGUAUGGGAGAUUACAGGGACCUGUUAAGCAAAGUAAGGUCUCAGAGGAGUGAGUGUGGAGUGUAUCUGGCUAAGAUUGGUACUGCUCAUUGGUCAAGGGCUAACUUCCUUGGAGACCGCUACAACAUCAUGACUAGUAAUAUAGCGGAGCAGCUGAACCAUGCACUCGUGGAGGGGAGAACUUCACCUAUUAUGGAGUUGGUUAUUUUCAUUCAAAGGAUGAUGACAAGGUGGUUUAGUGCAAGAAGAAAGAAGGCGGAAAACCACAGGGGUAUAGUUAGUGUGGAGGUGGACAAGGUGAUGACAAACAAUAUGGCAACAAUGAAAGGGAGUAAAGUGAAUUCUUCUACUGAAUGGAGUUGUGAAAUUAUUGGUAAGUAUGGUAGGAAAGAACGUGUGCAUCUUGCCACUAAGCAGUGUAGUUGCAAGUAUUUUGAUAAAAUCAAAAUACCCCGUGGCCAUGCUAUGAUUGCUGCAGACAGUUUGGGAGUGCUUUAUGAGACUUUGGUUGGUCACCACUACAAGACAUCUACAUGGAGGGAGACAUGCUGGGGUAAUCAUUCCAGAAGGGGAGCCUCGAGACGUGGAUAUCCCUGA